AUGGCAUCGCCUUCGACCUUCAGAUUUCCCGCGCGGGAAUCGAGUGCACUGCAAGCCCUGUCGCCCGAGCGCGUCAACACCCGCCAAAUAUCUACCGCUUCGACCAUGACGUCUAAGAGCUCCUACGCAGAGCCCGAGGCCACCGAGAAUGCGUCGCCAAAGGGAUCGCCAUUUCGCAAGGCAAAGCAGCUAUCCAGAUUCAGUCCCACCAAAGCAUCGCUACCAACAUCGCCGUCAUUGCCCGAAUUCAGAAGCCAUGUGCGGACCAACAGCGACGUCCAAGGCCUGGUUAAGCGCUUUGAGCAUUUGGACGUUCGCGACCGGGAUGCUGAGAUUGCGGAGAGGAGCAAGAAGCAUGAGCUUGAGUUGCGACGCGCGCAGAUUGCGCGAGAAGAGGCUGAGAGCGAUGUGAAGAGGAUGCGAGAGGAGAUACGGCGGUUGAAGCGGGAAGGCGAUGAGGGUCGCGAUAGGGAGAGGAAGGUCAUAAAGAGGCUGGAGGUUGUCUCGGAGGAGUUCACCACCUUCAAAGACUCACAUGCGUCGCAAUCUUCAGUCUACGAGAAGGAAGUGCGGCGAGCCAGGAAAGAAGCGUUCAAAUCCUCGUCUGAGAUCCUGAAGCUGAAAGAGGAACUGAAGUCUGCGCGCAGUACUCUGAACGUCGCACAGUCGAACCUUGAUAUGGAGAAGCGAAAGAUACAGGUGCGCGAACAGCAGACCUUUGAUGCGCAGUACCAGCUGGUGGCAGUCCAAGAAGAGCUCGAGAAAUUACAGGCGCGGAUGAAGAUCGUGGAAGAGGAGAAGGAGGCGCUGAAGACAAGCCUGAAGGAGGAAGAGGUCGCUCGCAUAGCAGCAGAGGGCUUGAUCGCACUCCCUGGCGGGAAUCAAGACGACGAUUUGCUGAGCUCGCCUAAGAGACGGUCUCCGGCCAAGAGACAGCCUUCUCCAUGGUCAGAUGACAAGGAGAAUGUCGGCGUGGUCACGAAGAAGAUGCUCGAGCUGAAGCACCUUGAGGAGCAGUUGGAGAUGGAGAGGAUCAAGAGGGAGCAUGCGGAAGAACUAGCAGACUUCUUGCGCACGGAAUGCCGAUUUCAAUGCUGCAAUUGCCGAUCGACCCAGCCAGGCCACAACGAUACACUGAGCAUCUCAAAUGCUUUUACGGAAGCGAUGGAGAACAUCAGGAAGAGCAUGCGCGAUGUUCUCUGCCAACCUCUUCGUGUGGACAGCGCAGACGUUGCCAUGGAUGAGAGCAAGACUGAGAUCAUCACACGAGUGGAAAAUGACGAGGAUGUGGAUAUGGAGCAUACGCCUGAAGAAGCCGCCAGAGAGGAAGCAGACCAUAGCUUUGCGAUGAUCGAUGAGCCACAGCCAUCAGAACCGACCGCACUGCCAGAAGCAGAGACACCAAAGGCGCCACAUCCGACCCCAGUUGACCCUGAGCUUGAAGCAGAAGAAGACGUCCCCGAAGUUGGCUCGACAACAAAAGUCCCGCUGGCCCCAUCGAGCCCUGAGACACCAGCUGCAGCACAACCUCCUACGCCUUUCCAUCAACAGCGAUCCGUUCGAACCAUCACUCACACAACUACGAUACCCAUGCAUUUCACACCGGUCAAGCCUUCAUCGACUUGUGCCAUCGAAGAUGCAGAACUCAUCCCCCCGACUCCAAACCCCCUAUCCCCACGAGACCGAUCUGGAUCAGCUCCCACGUUCGACCGAGCAGCCGCGCUGGCAGCUAUAGCAUACCGACGAGGUCGUGCGAAGUCCAUCGCCAACGGCCACGUCACCCCACGAAAGCAGAUGAUUGAAGGAGUGAGUAUCAAGGAGAGGAGAGACAUCAGUGCACCGGCGCUUGGUCAGCAGAAGACGGGUGGUGCUAAUCAUGUGAAGGGCGCGGCUACUGUUGGCCGUGGUGUGGCUUCUGCGAAGAGGUUGGCUUGA